AUGCUUGGGGUUUCAACGGGAGAAUUAGAUCGUCUUUGCCACGAUUAUAUGGUCAAUGUCCAACAAACCAUCCCUGCUCCACUCAAUUAUGCACCAUCAGGUUACAGCCCUUAUCCGAAAUCAAUUUGUACUUCGAUUAACGAUGUCAUCUGUCAUGGUAUUCCAGACGAACAAAAAAUCCUCAAAAAUGGUGAUAUCGUCAACUUGGAUAUUACCGUGAUCAAAGAUGGUUUUUUUGGUGAUACCAGUCGAAUGUUUAUCGUGGGUGAAGGUUCGAUUAUGGCGCGUAGGCUUUGUCAGAUUACCUAUGAAUCUAUGUGGCAAGGCAUUAAG